GCUCUAUCUUUAACGAUUCAUUACUCGUUGUAUACGUGCACUAUGAAGGGCGUGAAAGAAUUCACUUUACACCCUAAGUGGUGACCCUCGUAGUGCAAAAAAAAAGAGAGAAAAAAACAGCAAGCAGUGAAUAAAUACCCGUGCACUGUCUGUAGUGCCCUGUCUAGUGUGAUAGCCGGCUGCGUGGUCAUUUAUACAGCAGUGCGUGCGUGGAGCGCGUGAGAAGUUUCUGGCCGCGGUCCCUGGCCCCGUGCUAACAGCGCCGCCAGUUGUGCAGCGCGCGGCUAUGUGCACCGAGCACUGGGUAGAAAAUGAGGAUCGGACGUGAGCUACGUGCGCAUCCGGGAGCAGACGAAAUGAAAUGGAGAGCUCGGACAGUAGGGACUUUGUAAAAGAAAGCUCUUCGUCUCACGAUCCCGAUAGCGUUUGUGCCGAGCGGAAGGAAGCGGCCCGCGGCGGCUCUGCGACAGCGAGCAUGGGCCUGAUCACUUACUGCAGCCCGUCCGCGCCGGACGAGCUCCUGGGGGUUUUAACGCCCAAUUCCGGAGUCUCAGCUCUGCAGCAAGAGCCGCAAACCAACGGCGAGGCAGUAUCAUCACUUGCAGCUCUAUCUGGGAAUUGCAACGGAUUUCCUUUACAAGCAGAUUCCUGUAGGCAGAAGAAUGGACCGAGCGAGACGCCCUGCGGCCCGAGCGUCUGCACCCUGCGGCCAGCAGACAACUGCACCCUCCACGUGAAGCGAGCAAAUGGAGAUCUGAAAUGCAGAAGUCAGCGGUUGAAAGAUGCUGAGAUUAUCUCUGGGGAUUUAGAUGCAGCCCGAGCGGAUUUAGGGUCACCAAAGCACUUCGAGGACCUCUGCCUGCCUCUUGACUGCAAAAAGAGGCGGCUAGAAAAUGACUCGAAAACAGAAAACGUGAAAAGCACACCGUCCGCAGGCCCUUUUCCGGGCAACAGCCAGCAUCCGAAUCACUGUAGCAGCUCGCACGGUGUGUCCCCUCCUGGACGAGGCCACCAGAACGGGCGCAGUGUGGUGAUCCUGAACCCAGCACCAGGCGGCGUGAUGUCUGCAGGGGUGCCCUCUGUCCCGCCGGCGGGUGGAGUUGCAAACAGCUGGUCCAUGGAAAGUAUUGCCCAGCUUUACAUAGUGCCUUGUAUGAAAUACUAUGGCAUCUGUGUUAAAGAUAACUUCCUUGGGGCACAACUGGGUGACCGGGUGCUAAAGGAGGUGGAGACGCUGAAUCAGAGUGGGAAGUUUCGUGGAGGACAGCUGGUUAGCCAGAGGAACAUCCCGUCUAAGAACAUCCGUGGAGAUCAGAUAGCCUGGGUGGAGGGUGGAGAACCUGGCUGUGAAGCUAUCGGCAUGCUCAUGGCUCAUGUCGACGAAGCCAUAAUGCACAGUUCAGCAAAAGGACAGCUUGGGCAAUAUGUUAUUAAUGGCCGUACCAAGGCUAUGGUGGCGUGUUACCCUGGCAACGGCACGAAAUACGUGCGUCACGUGGAUAAUCCAAACGGAGAUGGACGCUGCAUUACAUGCAUCUACUAUCUGAAUAAGAACUGGGAUGUGAAGGUUCAUGGUGGAUUACUGCAGAUCUAUCCCGAGGGCCGAAAUGUUGUCGCUAGCAUCGAGCCGUUCUUUGACCGUCUGCUCAUUUUCUGGUCAGACAGGCGAAACCCUCACGAAGUGAAGCCGGCCUAUGCUACUCGAUAUGCCAUCACAGUUUGGUACUUUGAUGCAAAAGAGCGAGCCAACGCCAAGGAAAAGUACAGAUUAGCUACAGGACAGAAGGGGGUUGAAGUGCCUGUCAGUCGAGCGGAUAGUAAAUAAGUCCUCACCAGCUCAGGCAGUGUGUCCUUCCAUGUAUGUGCCUACCCAUGCUGCUAUCUGAACAACUGUUUUCAUGGGAAGACACAAGGAGCAGGACAAGCAGUAAAGCCAAUGCAGGCAACAAAAAUCCCUACUCCUGUUGGACUGGGACUGACCAAUUGGAUACACUUUAUUGAGAAUUUAUAGCCAUUGGAUGGCAAAAGAUUCAUGCUAAUUACACUCAGAAGACUGCUACUGGAUGGAGGAGCGAUGACUCUGUCAGUCAGAUUCAGCUUGGCAACUACUGAAAAGCUCAAACUUGAACGUUAUACGAAUAAAAUUGCCAAAAUGUAUUACGAUAUGAUCACUACUGUACUUUUGCCCUUAUCUGUUCCCCUUACUAUUUGCAUAGUAAUAAAUCAGAUUUUCUUUGCUCUUUA